UUAAAUUGGACACAGUGACCCCAAAAUUAUCAUAUUAAAAUUAUUGUAUUAAUUGUGCUUAUUGGUCAAACGCAUUUUAAAAAUGGCCAAUAACUAUCUGCAGCCAGUGAAUAAUCAUUUUGAUAUAGAUAAGUUUGCGGAUGUAGAAGAUGACCUGUUUUUGCGAAACACGCGAACAAGUGCAGAAAGGGCACAACACAGUACGAAUCCGUUUGAAGAUGAUGACGAGAUAUCCACAUCAUCGUCAAUUGCAGCAGAGAGACAGGCUUACGCGGAGAGGCGCAGAGAAAUAGAGCAGCGUACACUAGACUCGACGCAAAAGAGUUUGGGUCUACUCUACGAAACGGAGGAUGUAGGUAGAGCAACAGCUGUGGAGCUGGCCAGGCAGCGGGAACAACUAGAGAAGACCUCAAAUCAAUUAGAUGAAAUAAACUCUACACUACGAUUCAGUCAGCGGCAUUUGAAUGGACUAAAAAGUGUUUUUGGCGGACUUAAGAAUUAUUUGUCGGGCAAUCGGGAUGCUCCAACGGCUACUGCCUCGCCUUCUGGCAGUCAAAUAUCACAGGAGACCAACUCAAAUAUCAAUUCGAUGUCAGGUGGUGUUGGUGGUGGCGCAAUACCCAAACAGCCGAUGUCACCAACAGAGCGGUAUGACAAUCAUCCAGUUAGUGGUAUACGAGACGAUAGAAGUUCCUUUCAACAGCGCCAGGUCCAGGCUCAGCAACGCGCUGCGAACCCCUUUCAGCAGCAACUGGAAUCGAAUCUCGAUGAGAUGUGCGAUAAUCUGUCUCGCCUCAAGUUCUUGGCCACUGAUUUGGGCACUGAAAUUGAGUCGCAGAACAGUUUGUUGGACAAUAUGAACUACAAAAUUGAGAGCGUGGACAUUAAUAUGGUCAAGCAAAACAAAGAAAUGAACAAGCUUCUAAAAAAGUGAAUAUAGUAGUUCGAUGCAUAAUUGAUUCACCACAGAUGAUUUUACAUACAUAUAAUUAUACUAUAGAGUAGCCCAUAAAUGCAUAUUAAUCGUAUCGCCUCUAAUGAAAACCACUAAGUCUUGGUUUUUGUCGCCAUCAUGGAGCAUUCAUUGUUUAUUAUUUUUGUUUGUUAUUUCGUAUUAUAUUGUAUGCACC